UUUUUUGUUCAUUCCCCCUUGUCAUGCUGGAAGGAAUUUUGGAAAGUGGAAUUUCUUGAACGUAGUCACAGACAAACUAAGUUACUUCUAAUACUUGCAAGAUGAUCAUUUAGCCGACAGUAAUGUCACUUUCCUAAUAGCAACAUGAAGCCCAUCUCUCUAACCAUUCUACUAUUGCUGUCCAUUGGUCGUGCUGAAUGUGAAACGUUUGGAGCGAAUUGUGAACACAGUCUUUCGGAGGUAUCGCACAAGAUAGCAAGUAUCUCCAACGCUUCUGAAUAUGUGACCCACGUCAGUACUGAAUGGCAAUUCUCCCAGGCUGUGAAUAAUACGUGGAGUCCGCAAGCAGUUGCCUCAACUGGCAAGUCACAGCAAUCGCUUAUUAGAGUGUGGGCCAGUGAAUUGAAUUUUGCUAAUGGCACUGGGGUGUUGGAGUGCAGCCAUGGUGGAUUCGUUUAUAUCAGAGGCGAAGCGGAUAGUAUGGUUGUCCUUCGUGGCCUCGACAUUCGAAUAAGUAGCAGUGAGUGUACAUUGGUAGUCGAAAAUGUUCGCUUAGAAGACUGUGGAGAUGGUGGCGUUGGGAAUUGCCUCUCCAUAACCCAGUGUCCAAUAGUGGAGUUCAUCUCAUCCACUUUAUCCAUUACUGGAUAUGACCUCACCCCCACUACACGCACAGCGUUGUUGUUAUUCAACUCCAGCAUCACAUGUCGUGACUGCACAGCUUUCCCUAUGUUUGGUGCCAACUUCAUCACUGCUAAUUCGUCGACGAUCAACUGCAUCCCGGCACGGAGUUGCAGUGUUGACGUCAGAGUUCCAGUGCGCUUUGCCGACACUGCUGGCUUGAGUGUGUCUGGGUUCAAAUUUGAGCGUUGUGCGUUGCAGGAGCAAGCAGUUGAUGCUAUCACUCCCAACACAUCGUGCUUCACAGGCCAGUUGAGCUCCUAUCCUAGAGAUACAGGUGGUGUAACUUUCAUUGAUUGUGAGUUUGUAGUAAGUUCUCAAACACACUACCCUUGGCUGGAUAGUCAGAACUCUGGGCAGGUUUCCGUGCGUAAUUCAAUAUUCAAGUUCGAUGGUUCUGUCCUAGCAGGUAGCGGGCCAUCUCAGCUUGCAUGGCCAUUGCUGGGUGUUGCUAUCUUAUCAGAUGUGCAGUUUCUAUGCAUCUCAUUGCCAUCACAACCGUGUCUACUGAGAGAUCCACAAGUGGAGAUACACUCGUCUCGUAACGUGUACUUUGCCUCGCUGGCUGUACAAGACUGUCAUUCAUCUCAUUGUAUGUUCAUUUCCAAGUCCACAAACGUCACCAUGGAGAACGUCUCCUUCUCAAAUGCUUCCUUUCCAUUCUUGCGCUUCUUGGACAGCCAGUGGUCCGUACACAACUCAUCAUUCUCCAACAUGAACUCCAGUACGUUUGCCCCCUCCAAUGUGCAUCGGGUCUGGUUUCCGGAUUACUACAGGCAUGAUUGCUAUUCUGGAGCUAUCACAUCGACGUUCACAUCCAAUCAGGGUGUUGUAUGCACACUGAGUGAUGUCACUUUCUUCAACCUCACAUCACGCAAUGAUAGCACGACCAAGUCCUGGGGUCUUGGAGGCGCUGUGUUCACACUCUUUACUGGCCACAGUGCUAGAAAUGUUCUUCAUCUGAAUAGGGUAUUGAUGAUGGAUACCAGCGCUGGGGGAAUGGGAGGUUGUUUGUACAUUGUGUUUGACGGUGAUACGGCGGACAACCUUGUUCUUCUGGACAAUUCAACAUUCCUCAGAUGCUGGUCCAACGUCCGUGCUGGUGCUAUGCACACUGUACACAACGGCAAUUCCGCUAAUAAUUCACUUCUCCUGAGAGAUGUUGCAUUUGAUGGAUGUCACUCAGUGGUCGCUGCUGGUGCCUUCAACGUUUUCUUACGCCAGAACAUCACGACAGUUUAUCCUCCUCUACAGCGACCGAUUGAUGGACAUAUUCACCUGCUGCGUUGUCAGUUUCUCAACAAUCGUGUAGUGCUGGAUUCAACCUGCAUUCAAAUAUGGGCAUUUUUACCAUUUGGAGAGUCUGCUCCCCCAGUGGUCAUUGAGGACUGUGUAUUCAAGAAUAACCAUGCUAGACAUGGACAAGGUGCUGUUGUUACCUACGAACAAGCUAUCAUCUUACGAGGCAACACAGUCUUCAUCAACAAUUCAAACACAGCCGUCUUCUUGACCCAUACGUCCAUGAUUGUUGAUGGCAACAUCAUCUUCGAAAAUAACACCGGACGUGACUACGGCGGAGCUAUUGGUCUCGUGGAGAAUUGUUUCUUCUACAUUGUACCGCAGACGAGUAUUAGCUUUGGUGGAAACACGGCUUGCAAGGGCCCAGCGGCGUAUGUGAAUCCCGGUGUUCAGCAAAGUAUUGGUGUCAUCGGCAAUAGACACAGUGUUUGCUCCUUGCAACUAGCUGACACCCUCACCAUUACGCCGCAACAAGUGGACAAUGCUACAUCCUUGGCAAAGAUUUCGUUUGAUGGCUCACAUCCGAACACAUGUCCACCGAACGGCAAAGAGAUAUGUGAUCAGGAAGUAUGCAAUGAAGAUGUGUACAUCACAACCCUCAGUGACUGUGUACAGACAUACCAUGCCAUGACGUUUGGGGAAAUUCCUUUCAAUGACCUACCAAAAAUAGACCAGUUGUUCGUUCGCUUGCUCAGUUUCAACAAGAACAACACGUUGAGGCUAACAACUGAUGCAUCUGCGCUACGACUGAAUCGCAGUAGACCGCUAGUUGGUUAUCCUGGCAAGAACAUCAAGCUGCGCGGCUUGGAAGUGAAAGACCAAGCCAAUGCACGUACUGUGGCCUCCGUAUAUAUCACUGUACUCAACAAAACGCUACGUCAGUACAUUACUAUCACACCCGAGUUGGUAUUGGUGCAGAAAGCCGGUGCUGAAUCACCCACAAUACGUAUCGAGAUCGACAAGACUUACUACAACAGCAACCUGCUGCAAGCGCAAGAUUACAUCACUGUUAUGCUGCGCUUUACCUUGGUGCAUAGCAGUUUUACUGUUUACAACAGCAGUACAUUACAGCUGCGGCGAUGUCCGCCAGGGUUUGAUAUCUCCUCUGAAAGCAAUAUCUGUAGAUAUGUUGGCAGUGACGGUGUGAAGUCGUCGCUCGUUGUUGCUCAUGACCUACAAACUGGACAUAUCUACCUCAAAGAAGGUUAUUGGGGUCACUAUGACAACAGUUCGAAUCGGAUCUAUGCAUGGCGGUGUCCACUUUUCUACUGUUCUUGCAACAGUGACCCAAACUCUGCAUACCCAGGAUGUAUUUUCAAACCUCUCAAUCCUGAUCUCCAGUGCAAUCAGUAUAGACAAGGAUAUUUAUGCGGUGCUUGCAAGUCUAACUAUACUACCCGUCUGUUUGGCACCGCUUGUAGAUUCUGUAGCAACACUCAUCAAAUUGUCGGCUGGAUUGUCCUGGCAACGUUCAUCAUUGGCGCAAUGGCUGUUGCCUGUCUGGUCCUGUACUACAAUGUUGGAAUUCCUCAAGAGUUCCUUGGCAUUCUUUUCUUCCUACAGACAUGUUACUAUGCAUCGGAGCCUGGCAGUGCUAUCACCACUAACUGGGUCAACGCCCGGCCAGAUGACGACAGCUUUGCUGAUGUACUUUUCAAUCCCUGUAUUGGCAAUAGCUGGCAGCCAUUGAACUCUGUCGUCAUGAACUAUUCCCUCGUGAUGAUCGGUGCUAGCGUCAUUGCGCUGGUUUAUCUACUGACGAGGUUUGGCCUUAUUCAAAUCCUGGCCACGCGCUCAUCGCUCAAUGGUGUGUGGCUGAUCUUUCUGCUGACAUAUACCAGCAUAACCGACACUAUGUUCAAAGUCUUGUCAUGUGUCACCGCUGAUCCUGCGGGAAAGAGGCGUUACUACUACAACGGGAAUUUAUUUUGCUACAAUUUUGAAGGACCGAAUGACAGUCGCUGGGUGGCAUGGGCAGUGUUCUCAGGUCUCUUGUUUCUAGGUGUUAUCCUUCCAACUCCAUUCCUCAUGUUCCUGAUGUCCAGAGGCUACUUCAAGCGAAUGAAGCAGUUUCGUGACAUAAUUGAGUCUAGCUACGUUGAAGAGCGACGCUGGUGGGCUGGUGUAGACUUACUGCGUCGUUUAGUCCUAGCUGUCAUCUACUUCAAUGCAGCUACUGCACAUCAGCGACAAGUAUCAUUGGUAAUCAUUUCAUUCAUUCUGCUAGCCGUGCACUGUCUGGGACUGCCGUACAGGAAGAAGUGGGUCAACUACAGUGAAACGCUGGUUUUGUUUGAUUUCUUCAUCUUGUGUGUUCUUGGACUCGACGGCAACUUGGAUCGAGUUGCUAAUGCCAAUGUCAAUGAAGUUCCUGGAUUUCUAUUUCUGGCGCUGCCUCUUCUCUACGGUUUGGUUUUGAUGAUACGUCGCCUAUACCUCCGACUUACAAGGCGGCAAGAUGCUGACAACAGCGACAGUCCAUCAAGUAGCACUGCAUCAUAUCCCAUUCUAUCAUCACACACUUCUCAACACAAGCUGAUGCAUGCUGGCAGCCGUGACCAUGACCAUGAUGAUGAUGAUGAUGACGAUGAUGACGAUGACAGUGCACCAGCAGGUACUGUGACGCUGACGUCUCUCCUGUUGAAGUCUACAGCCAGCACUGAGGCAGCGGUUACUUCUGCUAUGUGCUCUCCUGCACCUAUGCACCCUACUGCUAGUGACUCCUGUCAUGCUGGUCAAGAUCAUGCUGGUCAAGAUCAUGCUGGGCAAGAUCAUGCUGGGCAAGAUCAUGCUGGGCAAGAUAGCCAUGUUCACUGUUGAUCAUGCUGCUUGGUGACACUCCUGCACUCCUGGCAAGAACGUUGCAAGGUACAGUCCAAUACAUGCCAACCUGGAGGCUUGAGCUCCCUGGACAACGAGGCUGAAUUCCCUUGAUUUUGACUGUUUUCCCUGGACACCAAUUUUUUUAGCACAUCCGUCAUCAUGGUCAUACGCAGAUGUAUUUUUCAUGACUGCUGUAGAAAAAAGGAUGUCAUUGCAUUGAGCUGUAACUGCACAAGUAAAAUAAUUUCUGUUGACUAUCGAUACAAUCUGGCUCACAGUUGAGGACUUCCUCUUUCGAUUACAUGUAGGAGAAACACGAGGACGAAUUGUGGAGUCCAAUGCCAAGCUGCACGUAGAUUUCUACUCUCGAACGAGUUACAUUUGUGGACACGAGCGAUUGCGCGGUGUCUUCUAUGCGCUACCACGUGCUGUGUACGCACUUACAACGGAUCUAGUUCGACGAAACACUGAAAAAUCGUCGUAAAAAUGAGAAAAACAUCGAUUUCAAAAGUUCCAUCUCAAUCCCGGCAUUUUCACAGGACAUCCCUGGAUCCCGGGGACAAACA